UUCCUGCCUCAUAACCAUUCUCACAAACUGAUCUGCUGCUAAAGCCCGCUGCACCUUCAUACUCUAAGCAGCACACACGGGUGUCUGUCUCUGAGACAACAUGGAGGAGGAGGAGAUGCUGGUUCGGUCUUUUUAUUACGGGAGGAUUGGAAGCGAGGCCACGGAGAGGCUGCUGGAAAGCUUUGGACACGAGGGCAGCUUUCUGCUGAGAGACAGCCAGACUGUGCCGGGAGCCUACUGCCUGUGUGUGAGAAAAACACCAUUUGUGCACACCUACAGACUUGUUCACUCCUCUGAUGGCUGGUGUCUUCAGCAGGAUUCAGGAGUCAGGCUGCAGAGUUUUAGGACUCUUGAGUCACUGAUAGAGAGUUACAGAAGGCUUGCAGUCUGUGAUGUCAGUAUAGCCCCCCUCACAGAUCCACUGGACAAAACACAGCUACAACACAUCAGCCCUGAACAAGGGUUUGUCUACAUGGAAACGAACAGCAGCAGCUCUGCCUGUUGAGGCUGUGCUUUCACUGAUCAGAUGGACGAACAAGGUGACAAACAUGUUGUACAAAACAUAUGUCAUAUUUUUUCAUGUUUUUUUUUAUUAUUAUUAUUUUUUAAUCUUUCCAAUAUUUCUGUUGCUUUGGUAUUGGCCUGAAAGUCAUAGAAAUGCUUUUCAUUUGGUGUCUGAGUGAAUGCAGAAAUAUUGUUUUGUUUUUGUUUUUGUUUUUUUGCGCAUAUUUGCGUAUGAAAAAGCCUGAGUUUGCCUGUUUUCUCAAUCUUCUGUGUACCUGCUCAUCUGUGUGUCUUACAGUAUUUAUUUUGUGCCACAAAAGAAGGAUAAGGCACAUAGUUUUGAUCAUGGAAUGUGUUGUUUUUCUACAAGCACGCCGACACUGACUUGUUUUUCAGUGUUUUUGUGUUUUGUAUGUGCCUGGAUAAGUCACCAUUGUGUACAGUGAUCUGUGUGGUUUAUCUGCACAUCCUUUAUCUUGUCUGAAGACACUAUCACAGCACAGGAAAUGUAGCAACGUGGGAAAGGCAAAACAUGAAAUCUAUUGUGGGAAAAGUCAUUUUACUGUGUGACUUCAUUUGUUUUCAUUUCACUUAUUUAGCACGAGGUCCUUCUCAGUGAGUUGCAGCAUCCAGUAGAUAAGACGAUUUUCAGCAGCGCGGCCUUACUCAUUUCAGUCUGGUGUCAGAUGCAAAUGAAACAUAAAUCGUACUCAUCAUGAAAGGUAUAUGUGUCUUGGGUAGCUUACCAACUGGCGGACUAUGUUUAGCUUUAUUUGAGGCUUUUGACACGGUUUGACACGGGCUACACUUGGCACUUCCUUGGAGUGUGUGCUUGGUUUUUUGUCAAUCUAAAGUAAGUACAAGGUAUUCCAGUCAUGUUAUUAUGUGCGACAAACAUACUGAGCAUCUAUGACCCAAGGCUGUUUUCUUUUGCUUUGUUAAUAGGAGACAUUCUGUUAAUUUGUUAGCAUUUUGCUCUGUAUGUUUUAUGCAUUAUAUUUGUUUCUCUGAGGUCAUGAACAAUGCUUUAUUGUGAACUGAUGUGAACUGUACAUGAUAUCUGCCAUCUGUGUUUCAAAGUCAGUUCAGCUAGACUUGAUUUAGUUUGACUUGAUUAGCUCUGAGUUGGCUUCAUGAAACAGUUUAAACCUGGUUUAGUUUGUUAGGCUUGUUCAAAUUAGGGUUUUUACAAUAAAGUGACAUCGUACAAACACUUUGAUCUGUGAUGAUAAUCUAUCUUUCUAAUCAUAUUUCAAGGAAUUUACAAAAAAAAAAAACCUAAACUUUCUAUUGACAUAAUUUUUUCACAUAUCUUGAUUAAUCUGUGCAAAAAUGUUUGUGUAAAAGUGAUCAUUUUUGAGUAGUUUUGUGCCAGAUUUAACAAAAGUUAAUGAAUAGUUAAGCUUUAGAGGUGUUUGUGGGUGAUUUAUCGUUGAAUAGAGCCAGGCUAAUUGUUUUCCAGUUUCCAGUCAUAAGGCUAAGCUAGACUAACCAUCUUAUCUGAUUCUCUGCCAGGAAGUGAAACAUACUUCCUAAAUUGUCGAAUCUUGCAUUUCCUGUUUUUGUUUUGAAAUGAAGUCUUUUUAACUGAG